GUCCCCAAAUCAAGGGGUACUCCGUCAGAUCGCUCGCUCGACGCCGAUCACCGCCCCGGGUGGAUGCCCGUACGCCGACGAAGAGGAGGCCCCUUUCCUUCUUUAAAUGCCAGAGGGCUAUCGCCCCGUAUUUCGCCUCUCCCCGCCUCCGUGAUUAGGGUUUUGUAGCGUCUCCUCCCGGCCUCCCAGCGGCGAUGGGGCGCUCCCGCGCCGUGCCCAACUCCGGCGACGACGACACCAGUCAUAGGUCAAAGAGGAGGAGGGUUGCUGCAAGUGGAGAAGCUUUGGGAAAUAUAGAAGCAGGUUCAGGAACAAGUGAAGGGAAGAAGGCUUUAUAUCACUGCAACUAUUGCAACAAGGACAUUUCUGGAAAGAUUCGCAUCAAAUGCACAAAAUGUGCAGACUUUGAUCUGUGUGUGGAGUGCUUCUCUGUUGGUGCUGAGGUCACUCCACACAAGAGCAACCAUCCCUACAGAGUCAUGGACAACUUGUCUUUUCCUCUAAUCUGUCCAGAUUGGAAUGCGGAUGAGGAAAUAUUACUUUUAGAGGGGAUUGAGAUGUAUGGACUUGGCAACUGGACGGAAGUUGCUGAGCAUGUUGGUACCAAGAGCAAGGCACAGUGCAUUGACCAUUAUACCACAUCAUACUUGAACUCCCCUUGCUAUCCUCUUCCAGUAUUAUAUCUGUCCCAGAUUAGUGUUGUUCUUAUCUUCAUAUUUGAUACUCUUUUUAUACCAUCAAAACUCUCAUGUUCAUUUGCAUGUGGAAUCACACUUCAGGAUAUGUCUCGUGUUAAUGGUAAAAACAGAAAGGAACUUCUUGCUAUGGCUAAAGUACAGGUUGAGGGCAAGAAAGGUUCUUCAUUGCUUGGUGAUGUCACACCAAAGGAAGAGUCUCCAUUCUCACCUGCAAGAGUCAAGGUUGAAGAUAUAGGUGAAGGUGCAGCUAACCAGUCACCCUCAAAUUUAGCUGCAGGUGCAAGUAAGGUGACUUCGAACACGGGGAAAUUCAAGGAUAAUCCUGACGGACCUAAAGUUGAAGACUCUUAUUUGGAUAGAACUAUUGGUGUAAAAAAGCCUAAAUGUUCAGGAGAAGAAGGACCUUCUAUAACUGAGAGUGGCUAUAAUCCCAAGAGGCAAGAAUUUGAUCCAGAAUAUGACAAUGAUGCAGAGCAGGCAUUGGCUGAUAUGGAGUUCAAGGAAAAUGACACUGAAACUGAACGUGAACUGAAGCUGCGGGUACUCCGUAUUUAUUUAUCUAGGCUUGAUGAGAGGAAGCGAAGAAAGGAUUUCAUACUAGAAAGGAAUUUACUUUAUCCUAACCCAUUGGAAAAGGAGCUUUCGAGCGAAGACAGAGAGUUAUAUAACCGUUUCAAGGUCUUUAUGCGCUUUCUUUCUCAAGAAGAACAUGAGAACUUAGUUAAGAGUGUCAUUGAGGAGCGCAAAAUUCGAAGAAGAAUUCAAGAGCUUCAGGAAUGUCGAGCUGCUGGUUGCCGCACCCUGGCUGAAGCAAAAGCUUACACUGAGCAGAAGCGGAAAAGGGAACUGGAGGUGGGUGCACAAAACUCCAAGGAAAACACACAGAUUUUGUCAGGUGGUAAAGUGGCACAAAAGGCAAACCGGCCUCUCAACAGAGAAAAAGGAGACAAUGAUGGAAGCCCAAGAAACACCACUGACAACCAUAAAAUAAAAGGCAGCACUGGGUUUGAGUCUAGUGGCAAGGAUUCGCCUUCAACAACUACCGGACAAGUUUCUGUGAGAUCAUUUGAUGAAUGGGAUAUCACUGGACUCCCUGGAACAGAAUUUCUCAGCGAAACUGAGCAAGAUUUCUGCUGCCAAAAUAGAUUGCUGCCCAGUCAUUAUCUCAAAAUGCAGGAGACAUUGGUGCAGGAGAUAUACAAGGGCAACAUCAUCAACAAAUCUGAUGCCCAUGGUUUGUUCAAGGUUGACCCAGUAAAAGUGGAUAAGGUAUAUGAUAUAGUAAAGAGAAAGUUGGGCCAGCAAGAAGAAUCUACUAUCGUGUAGUUUUCUUCUAGCACAUGCUACUGGGAUUUGUGUUGCUUCUGAAAUAUGUUUAGUCCUGAAAAGCUUUGAAGCUGAUACUUGUAUCACUUGUAACGAAAUCGCGUCCAUGACCCCGAAUGUGCUGGGUCAGAAGAACAAUAAUGUGUACCUUAAAGUGAUCGUGAUAAUUAUUUUUCGUUGUACAUUCA